CUCCUCAUCAGUACUGCAGUAUUACCGCUGCUUCUGGAUGAGUACACACUGUACUGUACCCUGCUCUGGUUUACGACACUUCUGUCUGUUGGAGAGAAGCUUGCUAAACCUUUUUGUUUGUGGGCUGACACAUGAGUUUGUGAGCUGUGCUGAGGUGAAAAUGAAGCGCUCCCUGGGGAUCUGUCUGGUGAUCUGCUCCACUCUGAUCGGACUGGGAUCAGCCAUCCGGUGUUACAGCUGCAAGGACUACACAGCAAGCUGCACCAAACAGCGAGACUGUAGCUAUGAUGACGCCUGCCUCACGCUCAGCGAGAGAGGUGGGAUGACGUACCGUCAGUGUCUGAAGUAUUCAGAUUGCGAGUACGGCCGACUGGCCCAGAUGUUCCCCCAGGUGUCCAGUUUUACCUUCAAGUGCUGCAACUCUGACCUGUGUAACUCCGCCCCCUCCUCUGCAACGAGCUCUGUGAUUGGUCUGCUGGCCUCGGUGGCGGUCAUGUGGUGGUGCAUCCACUGAAGGGUGAACCGAUCAGCUCUGCAGCGCCCCCCUGAGUCCUCUUUAACAACAGCAGCUUCUCUAAUUGAGUCAUCAAUCACAGUACUGAUGCUCAUUGAUCGGUCACCUGAUCCUCCUCACUCUGUUACAUUAUUGAUACUUAAUCGAUCAGUUUCAGCAUUAAAGACUCAGCAGACACUCCAGAACUGAUCCUGUCUGAAGGUUUCAGCUGCUGAUGAAACAUCAAUAUUUAGUCUGAUUGAUCAUUGAAAGGUUUUCAUGCUCAGUCACAUUUCAUCCAAAGAUGCAUCACAGCAUGAAGCCUGUAAAACAGCUGAUUCUGCAGAAAGAUUACAGUUAUCAUAACUGCUCAGAAACGCUACGAGGCCCACGUAUCAUAAACGCUUCAAAAUAUGAACACAUUCAUUUUAAUGUGAGGUUCCCACCUGCACUAGAGUCUGCAUUACACUUUGAAGCCAUUAGCUUCAGCUUCAGAACAGUUUUUAGUGUGUUUCUGGUUGCGCUGACUCAGACUUUCAAAAUAAAAGCAGCUUCUCUGUGGAUGCUCACAUAAUGAUCACUGCAUCGCACAUGGAAACUUAAAACUGGGCCGAUUCUCAGGCAGGUUCUGAACGGGUUUCUCUGGUUUCUGAGCAGCUUUCUGCAGGUUCAUUCAUGCAUAAAGAGGAAGUGAACUUUGAACUUUGUAUCUGAACUGAGGUUAAACUCUGAGACGAGGCCUGAUUCCUCCUUGAAGGGCUUCCUUGAUGCAGCUUCUUAAAUUGAAACUCUGAUUUAAAGCCUGAUAAAAGCUGAUUGGUGUCAGAGGACGUUUCUGCUGUUCACUCAGAGCAGAAGCACAAAGCAUGACAGGAAACCUUCAGGCUUAACUCUGAAACCUGCUCCCACUGAUCUCUGUGUACAGAAAGAAAAGGUUCAAAGCUCUCAUCCUUCACAGCCUUUCAAAAUAAAAGAUUACCAGAGUCUGUAAAAGUGAUUGUGUGAUAAAUAAAUGUCAUUAAAAGCUUUCUGCUGCUUCCAGAUCA